CCAUUUUAGGUGCUCAAGCUCUCUCCUGGUCUGCCCCGUCAUCCGGUCUUCCUCGUUCCCAGUCAUGUCGCUCGCUGAUCUAUUAAUUGGGGUCACCCCAUUCACGCUCCCCCGCCAUCUCACCAGCUUUGUUGAGGGCCAGACGCCGUUGUCAACGACCCCGGUCGUGCUCGGCACUCUGGCCGCAUACCUGGCUACGAUCUUUGGAAUUCAAGCAGCCAUGAAAAACCGCCCGCCCCAGAAGCUCAAUGCUCUUUUCCAAGUCCACAACGUCUUCUUGAGCGGUGGAAGUCUCUUGCUUCUGGUUCUGAUGAUGGAGGAGGUCAUUCCUAUCAUUUGGAAGAACGGGUUUUUGAACGCCAUUUGUCGUGAGGAUUCCUGGACUCCGCGCCUGGAAUUCUACUACAUGAUCAACUAUUACUUCAAGUACAUUGAACUCAUUGACACGGUGUUUCUCGCUUUCAAGAAGAAGCCGCUUGCUUUCCUCCAUGUGUUCCACCACUCUGCAACGGCUCUCCUAUGCUACUCUCAACUCCUCGGAAAAACGAGUAUUUCAUGGACUGUCAUUAGUCUCAACUUGACCGUCCAUGUUUUGAUGUACUACUACUACUAUGCUACUGCCGGCGGCGCCAGGAUCUGGUGGAAGAAGUACUUGACUAUGAUGCAAAUCACUCAAUUCGUGAUUGACCUCUUCCUUGUUUACUUCGGGACUUACGGACACUUUGCCUCGACCUACUACGACGGAAUUCUGCCUCACGUUGGCAACUGCGCUGGAACCGAGUCUGCCGCCGUCUUUGGCUGUGCGCUCUUGACCUCAUAUCUC